AUCUCUCAAACUACCUGACAGAAGACUCACAAGAAGAAGACGCUCAGGAAAUUGUCGGUUCUCACUCUUCACUGGAGCCUAAAGAUAUUAAGGAAACUACGAGACUACAGCGCUCGCAGGUUGUCUUAUAAACAAAGCAAAGUUUUUGUCAAGAACAGUCUUUCAACGUUGACAUGAUGUCCCAGCACGCUGCCUUGACCAGCCUGUUUGGCGAUGACCCUUUCUUCAGCCAGGAACGGCUGCUGUGGCCGCUGAACCACGGGGCCCUUUCCUCGCUGCAGCAAGGCUUCUUCAACCAGAGAGCCAAAGUGGCCGACAGCCUCCUGAGGGAGCUCCAUGACGAGCACCCUCUGCUCAGACUCGGCAAGCUGCCCCUCCUUUCCUCCACUUUGGCAGGGCUGAGUGAUGGUAAAGAGCAGCAGAGAGAGAGCCCCAGCAUGGAGCUGCAGAAGGACACGCAGCAGGCCACAGAAAACAACCGCGACCUCCUGGUGACCCUAGAUGCUCGUGGUUACGCCCCCAAUGACAUCACUGUCAAACUGGAGGGGCGGAGCCUGGCGGUGGUGGCCAUGAAGCAGGCCGGGGCAGAAGAGAGCCAGUCCUGCUCCUCCUCUUCGUCCCGCGCCUCCUUCUGCGCCUCGGCCUCGUCUCAGACAGGGUUCGUCCAGAGGAUCGACCUGCCCCCACACCUGGAUCUGUCCGGCCUAUCCUGCUCCCUGAUGGAUGAUGGACAGCUGCGGAUCCACGCCCCCGUGCUCAAGCAGCCAAACAGCGAGGAGCACCAGGUGCCCAUCCGCUUCAGGACAUCGCUGGAAUUUCCCAUCAGCAAGGACAAGACAGAGGAGGAACACACAGACUAAUGCACACACUCCACACACUCCACACAUUACAAUACAUUGUUGAAUAAAAAAAUAUAUACACACAUACUCACACUUCCACUAAAAGACUGUCAAUGAGUAAAGUUUACAGCUACUAAAUGAUGAGAUUAUUUAUUUUGUAAUUAUUUUCAAUUUGUAUAAACUGUUGAAAUAACAUAAAGAUUUUGAUUUUCAGAAAAUUA